CAUUGUGCACAUUUAGCAGGCACUCUUAUCCAGUGUUACUAAAAGCUGUUGUUACAAUUGGAACUCACCACAGAACAAUGUGAUGGCAUUUUAUCUUCUUAUCACUCUGGGAUUUCGAUUCAUUUCAGCGGAGUCACUUCUGCCUCAACCACAACACGUUGAGGUGGUCUCUUACAACAUGGAUGCCAUAGUUAAGUGGGACGCUCCCCUUACUUCACUGAAAAACCUUACCUACACAGCUGAAUACAGAAUGCCUUCAACUGCCUUCUUCUACACCGUAUGUAAAGCCACCAAAGAGCACAGGUGUGACUUCGGUAAACUUCCCAGUUGCCAUGGAAAUUAUCAAUUCAGAGUGAGGAUAGAGUUAGAGGGAAAUACCUCCAGUUGGGCGGAAACCCCAAACUUCUCUCUUAAGAAAGGAACCGUAAUUGGUCCUCCAAACGUAACCUUGGUCACCAAGGGAGGAGCUAUAGGAGCUGUGGAGGUGAACAUUCAGAAUCCGGUGCUAAAGAUCUCAUCACUGAAAGAAGCCUACAGCAAAGUGGAAUACAAUAUCAGAUACUGGAAGAAGACUGACAAGAAGGAUGUGUCUGAGAGAGAGGUGAUGACUCAGCAACGUGUUAAGCUGAAGCCACUGGAGCCCAACACCAGAUACUGCGUUCAGGUCCAGGUGUACAUACCAAUGCCGCACAACAAUACGGGGCAGUACAGCAAGGCUGCGUGUGUGAUGAGCACCACAAACAACACAACCACAGAUGGGGAGCGAAGGUUGUCUGAGGGCCUGGUAGUCAGUUUGGUGACGGUAGCUGUGGCUUUUCCACUACUACUCCUAGUCCCCUGGGUCAUCUACAAAGGGAAAAGGUUUCUCCAUCCCAAGGUUAAGCUGCCUGAGCAUUUGAAACAGCACCUGAUUGAUUCUCAUCAAUACCCUUUCCUGGCCUCGCAGAUCACCUCUCCUCUACAAGAGAAGUAUGAUCAGAUCAGCGCUCUGUGUGAGGAAAAUCCAUACAAUGUGCUGACUGACAUACCAGAGGACAACCUUUACCAUGUGGAUAGUGGGGUCUCUGUGGAGAUGCCUAAAUACUACAAUGCUGUUGCUGAAAAUGCCAAUUUUGACAUGCCCUACAAGAAUAUCUGACAAUGGUAUCAAGACAUGAGCUACUGUAAUCAUUCUGUAUAUGGGCAUAUGGAAUCUGAGUAUAGCAGGUAGUCAUGAUGGAUUGCAAGCCAUUAACAUUAGCGUGCCCAUUAGGGGCUGAGGCCCCUACCCUUCAACAUAAAUAUUUGAACUUUUAAGUGUUUUUCCUCUUCAAUUUUCCUGCUUACAAAACCGUAUUCAACUUCAUACUUUUUGGUUGCUUUUUUUACAUACUUUAUAUAUACAUACUACCAGUCAAAAGUUUGGACAUACCUACUUAUUCAAGGGUUUUUCUUUAUUGUUAAUAUUUUCUACAUUUUAAAAUAAAAGUGAAGAC